AUGACGACGACGCCUCAGCCACCAAAUACAAACCCUUCAAGAGUGAUACCAUUGACUUGCUCAGGGCAUACUCGACCAGUUGUUCAUUUACAAUUUUCUCCCAUCACUGACGGAACUUAUUAUUUGAUAAGUGCUUGUAAAGAUGGAAAUCCUAUGCUUCGAGAUGGUCCGACGGGUGAUUGGAUAGGUACAUUUAUGGGACAUAAAGGAGCUGUCUGGAGUGCAAAAUUAAGCAAAGAUGCAUCUAAAGCUGUGACGGCUUCAGCUGAUUUUACCGCUAAAGUAUGGGAUACUUAUACUGGAGAAGUUCUUCAUUCAUUUACUCAUGGUCAUAUUGUUCGUUCAGCAGAUAUUUCAGAUGAUGGAACGCGCAUUGUGUCUGGCGGACAAGAAAAGAAACUUAGAAUAUAUGAUUUAAAUAAGCCAGAAGAACCAGCUUCUGAAGCAGAAGGUCAUGAAUCUACUAUUAAGAGUGUUAUUUGGGAUGGUGAAAGAAAUGUCGUAAUGAGUGCAGGAGAUGAUAAAGAAAUUCGCUUUUGGGAUGCUCGUAGUUUUAGCCAAGUUCAAACUUUUAAGACUGAACACCCUAUUACUAGUAUGGAGCUUUCUGCCGAUGGUAAAUACAUCACAUCGACAGCUGGAAAAAUUGUUUAUUUUCUAGAUGCCUCAACUUAUCAAGUUUCUAAGUCGGUUACGACCGCUUAUGAUGUAUCUUCAGUAUCUUUACAUCCCGAUCAUAAAAGGUUUGUGGCAGGUGGCAGUAAUGACUUAUGGGUGAGAAUUUAUGACUUUGAGAGUGGCAAGGAACUUGAGGUAUAUAAGGGUCACCAUGGACCAAUUCACACAGUAAGUUAUAGCCCAGAUGGUGAAAUUUAUGCCACUGGUUCAGAGGAUGGUACUAUAAGAUUGUGGCAGACAACCCCUGGAAAAAGCUAUGGUCUUUGGCAAAAUAAAGCAACCAAAGAUGAGAAGGAAAAUGAUGUAAAUGGAACAGAAUAA